AUGCCGCAGCCGCUGCUGCCAGCGCUUCCUCCUCCGUCUUCGCCGUGCGCUGCUGGUUCCUACGGCCCGAGCGGCGGGGAGUGCAGUGGCCGCCGCCUCUUCCGCCGCCGGGCUCCGAGCCUCCGCACCGACAACAUGGAGGCUGUGAAAACCUUCAAUAGCGAGGUUGGAUUGUGCCUCUCUACUCCUGCUUGUACAGACUGCUUUUCCAGCAGCAUGGACACAAGAAGCAUAUUGUAUUCCCUGAAUGACUACAAGCCACCCAUUUCUAAAGCGAAAAUGACCCAAAUUACUAAAGCAGCCAUCAAAGCUAUUAAGUUUUAUAAACAUGUGGUACAGAGUGUUGAGAAAUUCAUUCAGAAAUGUAAACCAGAAUACAAGGUACCUGGACUUUAUGUUAUUGACUCUAUUGUACGACAAUCUCGACAUCAGUUUGGUCAAGAAAAGGAUGUGUUCGCACCCAGAUUUAGUAAUAACAUCAUUAGCACUUUCCAGAAUUUAUAUCGUUGCCCUGGAGACGACAAGAGUAAAAUAGUGAGAGUAUUAAACUUAUGGCAGAAGAAUAAUGUAUUUAAAAGUGAGAUUAUUCAACCUCUUUUGGAUAUGGCAGCAGGGAUUCCUCCUCCAGUUGUCACACCUGUUUUGGCCAGUACUACUGCUGCUAUGAGCAAUACCCCAGGAACUCCUGUGACACCUGUUACUCCAGCCAAUGUGGUCCAAGGUUUACCUGAUCCGUGGGUGUCUCAGAUAACAAAUACAGAUACACUUGCAGCUGUAGCUCAGAUCUUACAAAGUCCUCAAGGCCAACAGCUUCAGCAGUUAAUACAGACUUUACAGAUACAGCAGCAGAAGCCCCAGCCUUCCAUCUUGCAAGCCCUGGAUGCCGGCCUUGUGGUCCAGCUGCAGGCUCUUACAGCACAGCUCACAGCAGCGGCUGCAGCAGCCAGCACCCUUAAUCCCCUAGAACAGGGAGUGUCUUUUAACAAGAAGUUGAUGGAUAGGUUUGAUUUUGGGGAAGAUUCUGAGCAUAGUGAAGAGCCCAAAAAGGAAAUUCCAGCUUCUCAACUUUCUCAUGUUUCAGAAUCUGUGAACAAUUCCAUCUUUCAUCAGAUAGCAGAACAGCUACAGCAGCAAAAUCUUGAACAUCUCAGACAGCAACUCCUGGAACAGCAACAGCCUCAAAAGGCAACUCCUCAGGAUAGUCAAGAAGGAACAUUUGGGUCAGAGCAUUCUGUGUCACCAUCACAAGGGAGCAGUCAACAGCAUUUCCUUGAACCUGAAGCAAAUUUGGAUGAUUCCAUAGAUAUUCAGCAACAGGAUAUGGAUAUAGAUGAAGGGCAAGAUGGAGUAGAAGAGGAGAUCUUUGAACAGGAAGCAAAGAAAGUGGCUGUUCGCUCAAGAUCAAGAACGCAUUCACGAUCUCGUUCAAGGUCACCAAGAAAACGAAGGUCUAGGUCACGGUCUGGUUCUCGAAAGCGUAAACACAGAAAGCGAUCACGCUCUCGCUCUAGAGAAAGAAAAAGGAAAUCAUCACGUUCAUACUCAAGUGAAAGAAGAGCUAGAGAAAGGGAGAAAGAACGACAGAAGAAGGGAUUGCCUCCAAUUAGAUCUAAAACAUUAAGUGUAUGUAGUACUACUCUGUGGGUUGGCCAGGUAGACAAGAAGGCAACACAGCAAGAUUUAACCAACCUGUUUGAAGAGUUUGGACAGAUUGAAUCCAUUAAUAUGAUUCCUCCCAGGGGCUGUGCUUAUGUCUGCAUGGUUCAUCGACAAGAUGCAUUUCGGGCUCUUCAGAAACUUAGUUCCGGGUCAUAUAAAAUUGGGUCCAAGGUCAUUAAGAUUGCUUGGGCUUUAAACAAAGGUGUAAAAACAGAAUACAAACAAUUCUGGGAUGUGGAUCUUGGAGUAACAUAUAUACCAUGGGAAAAAGUUAAAGUGGAUGACUUGGAAGGUUUUGCAGAAGGAGGCAUGAUUGAUCAGGAAACUGUAAAUACUGAGUGGGAAAGUGUGAAAAGCUCAGAACCCGUUAAAGAGACGGUCCAGACAACUCAGAGCCCACCUCCAGUUGAAAAGGAGACAGUGGUCACAACCCAGGCAGAGGUUUUCCCUCCACCUGUUGCUAUGUUACAGAUUCCAGUAGCUCCAGCAGUGCCUACAGUUAGUUUAGUCCCACCAGCAUUUCCUGUGUCAAUGCCAGUUCCUCCUCCUGGAUUCAGUCCAAUUCCUCCACCGCCUUUUCUCCGCGCAAGUUUUAACCCUUCACAACCACCUCCUGGUUUCAUGCCACCUCCAGUUCCACCACCUGUUGUACCACCACCUACUAUUCCACCAGUAGUACCAACAUCUUUAGUGCAGCCGCCAUUAUCUAUGACUCCAGAAACUGUGAAAGAUGUUGGAUUUGGUAGCCUUGUUUUGCCAGGUGGUUCUGUUGCCAGCAGUCUUGCUACUUCCACUCUGCCAGCUGGAAGUGUUUUUAAUCCUCCAACUAAACAAGCAGAGCCUGAAGAAAAAGUACCUCAUCUUAUAGACCACCAGAUUUCUUCUGGUGAAAACACCAGAUCAGUGAUUCCAAAUGAUGUUUCAGGUGGCUCUGCAAUUUUAGGAGGACAGCCGCCAAAUGUGACGAACAAUUCUGGAAUUCUGGGAGUCCAAAGACCAAAUGUAUCAAGUAAUAAUGAAAUUCUUGGAGUCCGGCCAUCUAAUGUUUCCAAUAGUUCUGGGAUUAUUGGAGCCCAGCCACCAAAUAUUCUAAAUAACUCUGGAAUUUUGGGAAUACAGCCACCAAGUGUGUCAAGUAGUUCUGGACUUCUGGGCAUGCUACCCCCAAAUAUACCUAACAAUUCUGGACUUAUGGGAGUACAGCCACCCAGUGUUCCAAAUACUUCUGGACUUUUGGGAACACAGCCACCAGCUGGGCCUCAAAAUUUACCCCCUUUAAAUCUUUCUAAUCAAAGGAUGCCUGCAAUGCCAAUGUUAGACAUUCGUCCAGGACUAAUACCACAGACACCUGGACCAAGAUUCCCUUUAAUGCAGCCUGGAAUUCCACCUCAGCGGGGACUCCCUCCCCCAGCGGUGCUUGAUUCAGCUCUUCAUCCACCACCCCGUGGUCCUUUUGCUCCAGGAGAUAUUUUUAGUCCACCUGAAAGACCUUUUCUAGUUCCUGGAAGACAAAGUGUAGACAACGUUGCUAAUCCAGAAAAAAGGAUACCACUUGGGAAUGAUAACAUUCAACAGGAAGGAGAUAGAGAUUACCGGUUUCCUCCCAUAGAAACCAGGGAAACCAUUAGUAGACCUCCCCCGGUGGAUGUUAGGGAUGUGGUUGGACGGCCUGUAGAUCCAAGAGAAGGUCCUGGAAGGCCUCCAUUAGACGGUAGAGAUCACUUUGGACGACCUCCUGUAGAUAUUAGAGAGAACCUUGUGAGGCCAGGCAUAGAUCAUCUUGGUCGAAGAGACCACUUUGGCUUUACUCAAGAGAAGGCCUGGGGGCAUAGAGAUUUUGACGAGAGAGAGCAUCGGGUUCUGCCUGUCUAUGGUGGUCCAAAAGGCUUACAUGAAGAAAGAGGUAGAUUUCGGUCUGGAAACUAUCGGUUUGAUCCUAGAAGUGGUCCUUGGAACAGAGGAUUUGGACAAGAAGUUCACAGAGAUUUUGAUGACCGCAGAAGACCCUGGGAGAGGCAAAGGGAUAGGGAUGACAGAGAUUUUGAUUUCUGCAGAGAAAUUAAUGGAAGUCGUUUUGGACGAGAUAGAAUUCAAAACACCUGGGUCCCCCCUCCUCAUGCUCGGGUUUUUGAUUUUUUUGAAGGGGCCACUUCUCAGCGAAAAGGUGAUAAUGUGCCUCAGGUUAAUGGUGAAAAUACCGAGAGACAUGCUCAGCCACCACCUUUACCAGCGCAGAGUGAUCCUGAACUUUAUGAAAAACUGACAUCUUCAAGUGAAAUAAACAAGGAGAAGAGUGACACAGUUGCUGAUAUAGAGAGUGAACCAGUGGUAGAAAGCACAGAAACUGAGGGGACAUAAUCAUCACUCAGUAGGACAGAAUGACUCGGAAGAUAAUGGAGCUUCGAAGCCUAGCAGAAUAUGAAGUCCUUCCUCUGCAUGGAUCUCGUUUAAAUUUAAGAUCCAAGAUCUUUCCUCUCCAAGGAGGAAUUCUGAAAGUGUCUGCUCUCAGCCUAGCUCUACCAUGUCAUUACGGAAGAAGCUUCAAUCUGACUUUCAUAAUAUUGCAACGUGGAGGUGAAAUUUCCCCGCUCACCUUAACUACUGGUGGAAUCUCCUGUAGCCAGAAACGAUCAUUACCCUUUGCUCGUUCUCUUCCCCUGGCACUUACCACAGUCUGUCUGACCCUGCUUCGGAGGUCAGGAGACUUGGAUUUGAAUGCUGGCUUUAUUAUUUCUACUGCCAUGAAAACUUGGACAAGCUGCUUUCCCUCCCUUAGCUUUAGUUGUCUCUUCUGCAAAAUAGGAAGAAUGACGUUUGUACCUCUAGUGGCCAGGGCUGUAUUAAUAUGAAUUCAGACAUUGGUGCGUCAAAGAGCAGUCAAGACCCCCAGCGCUGGGCAGCGCCCACACUGUGGCCACUUAUUGUGUAUUUUUCCUGUUUGAAAAUAUACUGAAGUAAAAGAAAGCAUCAGGAUAAGAGAAAUCCCGCAGCUGUUUUUAGCUUGUAAAACACUUAGAUAGAGCUUACUGUGUGCUUUACAAAUACAGACUCGUUUGAUCCCCCUACGAUUCCGUCAGGUAAAACCUAUUAUUAUCCUCAUUUUACACAGGAGGCGACGGCGACGCGGAGGGGUAAGUCAUUUCCUGGGGUCGCCAGGCUAGUGUAAGCAGGGGACGCUUCUCCUCCCAUUAUGUCUCUAUCCACUUUCCUUGAAAAUGUCUGCCAGUCAGAGCUUGGUGGACGUUUUCAGUGUGACCACAUCUGGGAUGAUGGAGGGCGAUCUGGCCAAAAAAGGAAGUGGAUUGAAUUUUUAGGGAAGGGGAGCCUCUGUGGACCAUGUACCGUCUUCUGGCAGGCAGAGGGUGAGGGCAAGAGUUGGCAUCCCUGAAGAGUUCUGACAGCCUUCUUUAUCUCCAACCGCAGGGGAAGAAGCCGAGCAGCCUGAGACAGUGAGGCGGUUAUCAGUCCCCAGCUCCCGGAUGACGGAGGAGAGGAGAAAGGAGAUUUUCAGAACCCGGUUAUGUUAGACAUAUUAACAGAGGAAUCUAACGUGACAGAAGGAAAAAAAAGAGGAGAUUCUUGCCCCCGAGGGCAAAGCAUUUAGUUGCCACAUCACUGAACUGGGCUUUGCAAAAGGAGCUGGUAGACGGAGGCGCUAACAGCAGGUCUCCACCGCUGCCUGUCAAUCACCCCUCUGUUCAGCUUGCCCCUGGAAUGAUGCUGGGGAGACACAGAAGUACCUCGAGCACUUCCUCGGGAUGGCUUGUUUCUCAUGACCUCAUCACAGUGAAAAGAAGAUGGAUUUCUCAACCACUUCCUCCUGCAGUAGGAGUUUGAAAAGUGCCGUGAAGUAGAUGGAGCAAGCUCCUGAAACAGCCGCUAAAAGAACCGUUUGUUUUCCGCCAAUGAUCUUCAGAAAGGAGAGAUGCAGCCUCCCUUGAAAAGGCUAUCCUCUGACUUCUCCAAAGUUAGCCUGACCCACUGGCAGAGAUGCCUGCCUACACUGGGGAGACGCUGGGCUGGAGUCAGUGUGGUCUUUGUCUGUUUACUGGAUCCUGGGGCACUGGGAGGGAGGCUGCAUGGAGCCUGUUAGUUCGGGGCCUGAAGUAAUAGGAAAGCACUUAGUGGAAGUAACCAGCGCUGGGAUCCUCCUUCUUGCCCCCAAACAAGCUGUAAAAGUGAAUUUGAGCUCCGUGGAGACAGGUAUUAAACGCAGUCAUUUUUUUUUUUAA